GAACUCAAUAUUUGUAUAGAACUGACCAUCAGUCACCACAAAAAGUGGCUCGCUCUGUUUUCCAAUGCCAGCACUGUUGACUGCAGCCACAGUGAUGGAAUAGUUUGGUUGAAGGCCUCAGUCCAGCACACUGCAUUCAAUACCCUGACCACUCUUUAAGCCACUCCCAUUGCCAUGCCCGCUACCACACCCACUGUCACUCCAACAGCCACGCCCAUUGUCACUCCCACUAAUGUUCCCACUGGAACUAUCACUCAUUUUCGAAAUACUUAUGGUGUAGCCCGUGAUUACACCAUUUUGAUCAGGACAAGGGACUGCCCCCCACAGGACAGUCACUGUAAAGGUGGCCACAUCAGUCAC